CCUCUACAAUACAAAACGGUAUUCUCAGUACCUCCCCCUGGUUUCGCUUGCUUUUGCACUGCACUCGCUCAGUCUGUGCAUCUCUGACUACCUUCAUUGACAUCCACCCUACCACCUCUCCACCUGCGUACAGCUUUCACGGAUCCGAGCUAGCCAGACCCUCGCUAGAACACAUCGGGAUAUUUCUUCCGAUCCGUUAAGCUCCCCCAUUUCCCCUCAGGUCGAUUUGGUCACUGUGUUUCUCCGUGUAUCAAUGUAUACGACCUCGCCGAGCCGAAGGAUUUCUCUCUCUUGAGCAUGAGAAGGAACACCAUCUCAUCCGCAAUCCAACAUCUAAGAUUGAGCUACCAGCAUGCACACUGGAUACAUAUGCUCCAGCAGAAGUUUUCGGCCAGAAAACUAAAGCACAUUGGACCACAGAUUCCGAACAAGUGGGUAAAUCAGUUUUAGGUCUUCACAGAAUGGAGCGAGAAUGAACAGAGAGCGGCUGAAAGAAAAGCAUGAACUGGAGGUUUAUUGAGGUCAUCUGCUUCCUGUUUAUAUGGGACCAUAUAACAGUUCAGUCUUCCCGCCAGGACCCGUCCGCCGCCGAGCAACAUGUUACCAAGCAGUUUGAUUGGCUCAUCUCCGACCGCGGACCUUUCCACCACUCUCGGAGCUACCUCUCCUUUGUGGAAAGAUUCCGCCAAGGAUUUACAACCAGAUAUAAAAUUUAUAGGGAGUUUGCGCGUUGGAAGGUGAGGAACACAGCCAUCGAGAGGAGGGACCUGAUCCGGAACCCCGUGCCACUUAUGCCGGACUUCCAGCGCAGUGUCCGGUUGCUAGGGCGACGACCCUCCACGCAGCAGUUCAUUGACACCAUCAUCAAGAAGUAUGGCACCCACAUCCUCAUAUCAGCCACCUUGGGAGGCGAGGAGGCGUUGACCAUGUACAUGGCCAAGAACAAGCUGGACAGAAAGCUGGUCAACGCCACUCAGAAUGUGGAGGCCCUGCACCAGCUGGCAUCCUCAUACUUCAUCGACCGAGAUGGCACCAUGCGGAAACUCCAUGAGAUCCAGAUCUCCACCAAUGCCAUCAAGGUGACAGAGACUCGCACGGGCCCGCUGGGAUGCAGCAGCUAUGAUAAUCUGGACUCAGUGAGCUCCGUCCUCCUGCAGAGCCCAGAGAGCAAGCUCCAUCUGCAAGGUCUCCAGGUCAUCUUUCCAGAGUACCUCCAGGAGAAGUUUGUCCAGUCAGCUCUGAGCUACAUCAUGUGUAACGGGGAGGGGGAGUACGUCUGCCGGAACAGCCAGUGUAUCUGCAUGUGUUCUGACGAAUACCCACAAUGCAACUGUCCCAUCACCGACAUCCAGAUCAUGGAGAACACCCUGCUGGGACAGGCGGAGUCAUGGGCAACCUCCUACAAGGACUUUGAAAACUCAGACGAGUUUAAGUCGUUCCUGAAGAGGCUGCCCUCCACCCACUUCCUGCCGGUCAGCAGUGUCCACCUCCUCUGGGGCAGUGACUGGGACCUGCAGGCCCGCUACCGCCUGCUCCAGAGCUCAUUGGAGACCCAGAGGCUCAAGAUCCAGCGCACUGCCCGCAAGCUCUUUGGCCUCAGCAUCCGCUGCCACCACAACCCCAACCACCAGAUGCCUAGGGAGAGGUCUGUGAUGCAGUGGCUAAACAGGGUCCAGUCCUUCCUCUACUGCAAUGAGAAUGGUUUCUGGGGGACCUUCCUGGAGAGCCAGAGGACGUGCGUGUGCCACACGGGUGUCACCCUAUGCCAGAGACCCAUCCCAUGUAUCAUCGGGGGCAACAACAGCUGUGCCAUGUGCAGCCUGGCCAACAUCUCGCAGUGCGGCUCCUGCAAUAAGGGCUACAAGCUAUACAGAGGUCGCUGUGAGCCCCAGAAUGUGGACUCUGAGCGCAGUGAGCAGUUCAUCAGCUUCGAGACUGACCUGGACUUCCAGGACCUGGAGCUCAAGUACUUGCUCCAGAAGAUGGACUCGCGUCUCUACAUCCACACCACCUUCAUAAGCAACGAGAUCCGCCUGGAGACAUUCUUCGACCCACGGUGGCGCAAGCGCAUGUCCCUGACCCUGAAGAGCAACAAGAACCGGAUGGACUACCUCCACAUGAUCAACGGACUGUCCAUGAAGAUCUGCCAGAUGCGCAACAGCAGCAUUGACCCCAUGUUCUUUGUUUACGUUAACCCGUUCAGCGGCAGCCACUCGGAGGGUUGGAGCAUGCCCUUUGGCGAGCACGGCUACCCGCGCUGGGAGAAAACAAGGCUGGGGAACUCCCAGUGCUUCAACUGGACCCUGCUGCUAGGCAACCGGUGGAAGACGUUCUUUGAGACAGUACACAUCUACCUACGAAGCCGAGCCAAGGUGCCCACCGGGCUGCGCAACGAUACGGGCCAUGGUCCCGUCGACUUGUCCGAUCCUAACAAGCGCCAGAUCUACAUCAAGAUCUCUGACAUCCAGGUGUUUGGCUACAGCUUGCGCUUCAACGCUGACCUGCUCCGCAGCGCCGUGCAGCAGGUGAACCAGUCGUACACACAGGGGACUCAGUUUUACUCCUCCUCCUCUGUCAUGCUCUUGCUACUGGACAUUAGGGAGCGGAUUAACCGCCUGGCCCCUCCAGUGGCGCCCGGGAAACCCCAGCUGGACCUGUUUUCAUGUAUGCUGAAGCACAGGCUCAAGCUGAACAACAGCGAGAUGAUCCGGGUCAACCAUGCCUUGGACAUGUACAACGCAGAGAUACUGAAACAAUCAGAUCACCUGACUACCAAACUCUGCUGAGAUACAGUAAACAAACAAACAAAAAGAAGAUCAAACAGAUACUAAAAAUAGAACUGUUUGGGAAUAUUCCUUUUUAUUUACUUAUCUCUUUUUUUUCUUUUUGGACCUUUUUGUUCUGCCUUUUGAUGUAAUAUUAACAACUUUGUAAGUGUAAUUGUUAAAGAGAAAUCCAAAACAUUGAUGAAGCCUUUUAGUUGGAUAAAGAAGAAGAUUCAUAGAAACCACUUUAAAGACUGUACCAUAUUUGUCCCAGCAUGUCUGUCAUUUCCUAAAAUAGCAUAAAAAGAGAAUAAGAAAAAAAUGUAUCCAUCUUCUGGUGACAAAGAGGCCUUUAUUUUACUCUAAGGGAACAAAGGUUAUAUCUGAAACUGCCAUUCUUUACUAAGUUAAACCUUUUUAGUCGCAUUAGGGCAGACCAGAUAUCAUCCUUUUAUUUCAGUGAAUAUGCUUUAUCAACAAACAAAAUAUUACAAAUAUGUAAAAGGACAGUUUAAUACAGAAUGAAGGCAUUUAUACAUUUUAAGGGUUAAAUAACCUAGCAAACUGUAAGCUGUAAGCAUUAGCUAUAUAUUCUCUUUGAAAAAUUGAUAAUCCAUGACAAGUCUGCAUACCGUUCUUUGUGUAGUAAGGUAUAAGGCAGCAGAAAGUCAUUUCAUGUCAAAUAACGGAAGCCAGCUGUUUAUAUACUGUAUGUGUAUACCUUUAUUUCGCCUGAUGCUUAUUGAUGUUCGUUAAUUGAAUGUGUCAUUUGAGAGCGAGUGAAUCCAGGCAAAGCUAAAAACUUGUCUUUAGGCACUACCUCCCAUGUUUGAAAUUCUACCUGCAUUUCCCAUGAGGUGGUUUCUUCUGGUGCCUGAGUAUAUAUUGUGGUCUGAAGAUGAACAAUCAAUGCUACUUCGUACAGCUUUGCAAAAUGUACACCUUGUGACUGCUGAUGUGUCAAGCUUUACGGCACAUGGAUCAUUCACGUACAUCUGCAACAGACACCAUAAAAGCCAUACAUUUCCCUGAGUACACAUAAGACAUGGAAAAGCACCCCAUACAUUUUUCAAAAACAUGAAAAAUGUCCCAUUUGUGUUUUUUAUGUAGUUGUUAUUCCCCCCCCCCCCCCCCCCCCCCCCCCAAUUAAUUUAAAAUGGAGGACAGCACAGUGGACAAAGAGAGUAUAUUCUGUGGAAUUAUGGGAUGACAUUGUAAAGUAAUUGGAUUUCUGUUAAAUAGAGUGAACCCAGAUGAGAAACAGAUGGGAAAUAUAAAAGCUUCAAAUACUUCUGUUGAUUUUAAUCUUUAUUUUCUUAAUGCCACGUUGGAUCUUAACUUUCUAAUGACCAUGCAAAACAGAUUUUAACCCUCAGAAACAAGAUUGUUUAAUAUUUCUAGUCAUACUUUAUUGAAAGCACCGGCAUGAAAUAUGUUUAUAGCUAUAUAUAGCUACAGAAUUUAACAUAAUGUCAAAUGUCAUACUAUCUCAGAAGUAUCAAAGAACACUACCUAUAUUAUUAUUAAGUGCCUGUUACCUAUCCCUUUCAAAUACUUAGAGGAGGGAAAUUGCUCUUAGUUUAGUUACAGUACAAACAUUAAAAUACAAGAUAGACAUUCAAAGGAAUUUAGCAACUCAGACCAUAUCAAUGCAGAUCUGUUGCUCAUCUCAUCCUGAGAUACAUGUUUUCUACCUAAAGGCCGGCUGGUUUGUGCAUGUGGGAAAAUUAACCAUCAGUAAGAGAUUGAAGUCUCAAUUUCCUGACACUGUCUCUCCUAUGUACAUUAUAAAUAGAAUGUAAAUAGAAACGUUGUGUUGUAAUAGUUAUAACAUCAAAGACAACAUGAAUUAUAGUAAUUUCAAGAGAACAAAAGAGGCCAUUAUUACUGAGAAUAACCACAAUUACUGUUGGUGUACCUUGCACAAAUUACAAUUACACUCCAUUCUCAAGUUAUUUACUUCAUUAUGAAUCUCAGAGAGGGAUGGUAAUUUCUGACUGUUUUGAUCAAAGUAUAUGAAAUAUACAAUAUGAAAUGAGUUAGUUUUGACCACUGCAUACAUGAAACAAGCACACAUUAGCUCUAUCAGCAUAACAUCACUGCAAUGUUCCAUGAAUACAUUUGAAGAUACAGCUCCUAAUACCUUGCAUAUGUAAUUUUUGCUGUUAUGUUGAAAUCAUUAUAUCAGCUUAUUUCAAAUGAAUGUUUCAUAUAAUAAUCUAUUUCUCAUUAAAAGGCUAUAUUUAAUACGAA